CUCGCUCGAGCGCUGUGGGGGUCGUCAACGCAACGUCAACCUUCAAACGUUUCCCACGGGGAGAUUACGGACUUUUUAUCAACAUAAUUCGAGUUCACAGCCCGUAAUUUAAUUAAGGUAAUCGAUUAAAGUUUGUUUUUGGAGUUAAAAGUUUAAUACAUUUUGGCGAAGUUUGCCGGUGUUGGCGGGCCCCGUGCGUGGCGGGACGCGGAGUUUUCACGGCAAACAUUUUUUACUUGGGCCGCUGACGUUGAUAUAUAAAAUAAGCGGUAUGUAAAACAUAUUAAAGCAUCUGUAACGUGCGUUUAACGACGUAAAGCCACGACGGGAGUUGUAAUAAGAUAAUUAGUUUAAUGCAAUUUGUUGGUAUUUACCUCAGCGGCAAUUGAGGCCUGUGGUUGAUGUUGCCGUACCCGCGCGGUCGCUCCGUAUUAAAGGAUUUGGGAACCAAAAAGCCACCCUUGGACAUGGACAAACACGGCGGGACCGACGCUGAAAAGACCAUACGUAGUGAGAUGAAGACGGACGUUGACCUUUUGUUGGAGUGUCUCAAGUUUCAGAACGAGGACUCGUCCACGCAUAAGCAGGCGGUGAUCACUCUUUCUUCCAUCUGCUCAUACAACGGUGUAUUUACUUGUGCAGCUGCAGCAUGCAAGUACCUCAAGGAGUGUGGUGGAUUAUACUUCAUACAGCAGCUUGCCUGGUCUAACCCUCACAAAGAUGUCACAGAAGUCAUCUUGUUUUUUCUGGGGAGGCUGGUGGAGAACAACGUUUUCUGUAAGCAGUGGCUCUGCACAUCCUCUCUGCUCACUCGAGCUAGCUCACUUUUAAAAGACUCGAAAUCGUCGAGAAUUCUUAAAAAAAGUGCCUCCUAUCUACUCCUUGCACUACUCACAAAUAAUAGUAAGAUUACAGACCGAGGGCAGAGCCUUGCUCGGACAUCUAACUGUCUAAACACAAUGCUUAGCGUUUUCAGAAGUGGUCUCCCAAGUGAAAUUCCGAGACAUGGCAACAGGGAUUCUGAAGAGGAACUCUCACACUGGUCUGAUCUUGCCAGGGCCUUAUGCGCAAGUGUAAACAAUCCUCAGCAUGAGGAAAAUCAAAAUAUGUGUGCAUCAGUCUUGCCGAGUGUAGCUGAGAGUCUCACUCUGAGCUCAUCGCCUGGUAUCGUCGCCUCCCAAUGUUCAUUUAUCACUGGAGUCGUUUCCAACAAUGCAUUUUGCCAAGAGCAAUUUGCACGGAGUGGAGGCCUCAGUGCUCUGGCCCAAGUUCUCUCCAGAUUUACACUGGAAAACAACUUUGGCCCCACUAACUUUCCAUUGGCAGUGACCAUCACGAAGACUAUUGACGUCUGUGUUACCGACCAAACCAAGUUGGCAUUUCAGCUGUCGAAGCACUGCGUGGUGCCCCACAUGGUCGCACUGUUGCUGAAGAAACCCCACGAUGUGAAUAGCAAAUUGGCAAUCCUGAUAACCAUUGGGCAUGCCACUGAAGAGUGUGUGGAGAACCAGAGGCAGCUCCUUGAGAGCCAUGGCCUUCCCUUGCUGGUGCAGAUGAUGGUUGAGGCGCAGGAUGAAGAGAUAAGCAAGGCCGCCACGUUCAUCCUGCAGAGCUGCAUUAAACUGACAAACACCUAUGUGAAGAGUGCCAUGAACGAGUUGAUUGAACGCAAUGUCGCUGGAAAUUCACAGCUCAGGACCCAUACUAUGCCUCAUUACAUGGUGGACAUGCUGAAGGAGAUGAAAACGAGGAAAGAGCAAAUGUUUCAAGAACAGGGUUCCAGUGAGGGAGACUUGGCCUCAUUGCAAAUGGUGAAGGAUGUCAUUGACUCGAAGUUGCUGCAAUGGCAAUCCACUCUCACCACAAAGCAGUCACCGACCAGGAACAAUAUGAAAAAGGUAUUGCUAUCCGUAAAGAAAAUGUCAAAUCAACAAGAGCAAAAUAAAAAUAUUGUGUCUUUAUUAGGCCAGCAACACCCAUGCCAAAGUGAAGAAUCGUCUGCGAAAGUUAACCAAACUGCAUAUGUUGGACAGCCCAAUGGUAUCGCAGAGCGACGAGGAGCAGUCUUGUUGACUCGGUGGGAAGAGCCCUGCAUGGAAGCCCAGCAUAAAAUACCGGUCGAUGGCGUAAAGGCAGCGCUGCCUGUACAACAAGACACUGGUGGGUUUGUGAAGCCCAUGCUGCCCUUGAGAUCUGUUGGGCAGAGGGCUGAGAGGGAGACGCCUCGUAGGUUACCCCAAAGUGCCUCUUUUAAAAGGAAACUUCAAUUUGAGAAACAACACGCGGAUGAAGAGAAUGUACCUCUUCCUGUGAAGAAACAGAGAGUUGAACAACACCAAGAGAAGGAAGAUAACAACUUAAGGGAAUACUCUGAAUGCUCAAGGAAUUACGAGAAUGAUGUUGAACAUUCAAACUCACAACUUGACCUUAUGGCAAUUUGUAAGGAAGCCUUUGAUGAGGAGAUUUCAAGCAAAAAUAGAAGCCCCAUUCUGUCUUGUAGUCAGCGUUGUGCAGGGUGCAUCACAGACUCCUCUUUGAAUAGCAAAAGCUACCAUUCAAUCGUGCAGAAAUGCGGGAGCUUAUGCACGCGCCAUCACAUCACCAUGGAGUUGGAGAAGAGAUACAAAGUGAACCACAGCAAGGCCUGUGCUAUGCAUCGAUCCAGGCCCUACAACAAUAUCACAUUGACCCCACGCAUAAAACGGCCAGAACGAUCGGACCUGGUGGUCACACCUCAGAAAACGAUUCAAACUGAGAGCAGCUUCCACCAAGUCAAAGCCACGACUGAAGGUGGUGUGAAACGGUCACCGAGCAAAAACAAAAUGGAUGCAUAUUACUUCAGCUCCAGUGACUCUCAUUCAAAACAGGACAUCGACUUUAGCUAUGUACUUGACAAUUCAGAAGAUAAGAAACACAAGCAAAGGUCCAACUUUACAAAUCAUGAAGUGACGUACCUGCAGCAAGGCGUCGAUAAGUUUGGACACUGCUGGAACCAGAUCCUUUGGAGCUACCCCUUCCAGAAAGGGCGAACCAAUGUUCAGCUAGCAAAAAAAUAUAAGCAGCUGAAGUUAACGAAGAAGUUCUGAAUUUUGACUUAAAACUUUUGUGACUGCAGGAAAAAGAAGUUGUGACUUCAGCGGUGCGCAGUCAGAACCCAUGUGCACUGGACAGACACGCGGAUGGCUGAUUUUUGACGAAAGCUUUCUUUCAUUGGAUUUUUAAAGAAUUAAAUGCCUUGCAAGAAGGAAACACUUUUUGGCCACAACUAACUUCGUUGACCUCACACAUUUUGCAUUUCUAUCUUGGCAGUUUAAUGAUUGUGAAAUCUGUAUUCACGAGAAAUGCCAUGUCAAGAAUGUGAUGACCAUUGCAGUCCUGUCAGCGAACCACAAGUUUAUUUAAGAUAUGUAUACAAUGGAAUGUGCAGUCACAUAUUGGGGACUACAAAUUUGUUUACUACAAAACAGUUUUAAAAGUGAAAAUAUGUUAAAGCCUCUGUAAGUGUUCUAUGGAUGCAUUGAAAUAGUUACGUGGUUAAAACAAGUGUUUGUGUUCUAAGUGAGGUCUAUACAGAAGGGAUAGUGCUUAAAUUAGACUUGCUUUGUGUUUUGCUUGUCUCCACUGACCGCUUAUAUUUAUAUUCAAAAUUAAAAUAUACUCCACUAACGUCACAUUAUCAGCCAUUGUCUAUCCACAUUGAUAUGAAAAUGUCCCCAUGUCAUCUCUCCUGUCUUGCAAUACCAUGACCCAUCUCACUACUGCCCAUGAAUUUAACUUAUCGUUCCAUUUCUAAUGUUAUCAUCCCUCUGUCGUGUUUCUCUUUGGCUUUUUUAAUAUUAUAGAACCUCUUUAAGGAAACUUUUAAUUUAAGAAUAAUUGCUUCAGAAGGCAGGCCAGUUUUACAACAACGGUAUUCAUUCCCUUUGGUGACGGUACACUGUUCAUUUGAAUGAUUCCAACUUGUUCAAUGAAAUGUAUUUUUCCCCAUCUGAAAUAAACGUGUAC